AUGGAGCGUCACCUGGCCGUGCUAGCUUUGCUGUUGCGCGGUGCGGUCGCUCAAAUCCUGAGAUAUGCUCCGGUUGAGCGGCUGGUGGGCCCGGAAUUCUUCCAACACUGGAACUUCUACACAGGACCCGACCCCACCCACGGCACGGUCGAGUUCGUGUCGGAGCCCGAGGCUUGGAACAGGAAGCUGCUGUCUGCAUCAUCUCUUGGAGUCUUCAUGGGCGUCGACAACGCGACCAAAUUGGGUAGUGAAGGUGGCAGAAAAGCCGUGAGGAUAGAGAGCAAGAACAGCUACAAUGGUGGAAUGUUUGUCCUGACCUUGGACCAUGUCCCCACAGCCUGUGGAGCCUGGCCGGCCUUCUGGAUGUUCGGUGAUGACGCCCAGCAUGCCUGGCCUCGGUGGGGAGAGUAUGACAUCUUGGAGUCAAUCCACGUGCAAGACUAUGCAACGACAACAUUGCACACCCGUGCGAGCUGCGACCAGCGAGAGGUCAACAACGGAAUCGACUUCGUGGGGCAAGGUUGGGCCGCAGGUUCAGCCGGCACCAACAAGGCGAAGAACUGCUGGGUCAAGGCGCCGCAAGAGUACGACAACCAGGGCUGUGGCCAGAAGUUACCGGAAGGAUCUUUUGGCCCGAGCUUCAACAAGAACCAAGGUGGGACCUUCGUUGCAGAAUGGGACAAGGUGCGAAAAUUCAUGCGAACUUGGUUCUUUCCGGCGGGCAAAGAGCCGAUUGACUUGGUCGCGAGCGCUCCGCAACCAGACAUGUGGGGCACCCCAAACUCCUUCUUCACGCUGAACGAGCGAUGGUGCACGGCGGACCACUUCAAGAACAUGCGAAUCGUCUUCGACACAACGUUCUGUGGCGAUUAUGCAGGCUCAACCUUCAAAGCGAUGUGCCCGUGGCUGAAGACCAGCUGCGAGGACUAUGUGAGGAACAACCCCUCGGCUUUUAGCGACGCUUUCUGGAGCAUCCAAAAACUGGACGUCUACCAAAAGGUUGAUGCUGCAACCUUGGCCGUGCCCCAUCGGGCAUUUAACCCGAACCCCACACGCAGCCUUGAGCCUUCCUCAAUGUUGCGGGAUCGAAGGGCACCCCCCCUGCUGAGCCUUCAAUUUGCCUUCAGCUGUCGUGGUUUGAAGGCUGCUGCCCCUGUCGUGGUCGUCGACGAUGCUGGUGAAACUACCAGCGAAUCACCGAGCAGCAAUGGGAGACUUCGGCGCAUGGGCAGUACGACUACGAAUUGCGCUUAA